AUGAAAACUGUUCAAAGUAUCACAUUCUUCCUUACCGUGUUAGCUAUGUCCUUUUUGAUCUUGCAAGUCAAUUGUUCUGAAUUGAGUGCUCAUGGUCUACAUACUGCAGAAGAUUCUCUUCCUGGCGAAGAACGUGCCUAUACCUAUGCCAAUGGCGAAUCAACUAUGUGCGCUGCUGGGAAAGUAUGCAAUCGUAAUGUUGGUAGCAAAACAGAAGAAGAUUUAUCAAAAGAAAGCAAGCGUGCAUCAAUUGAUGCUGAUCUAAGUACAUGCUUAGGUGGACAACUCUGUAAACGUUUUGAUCACGGAAAGGAAGGAUACGUAACCUCAGACAAGGAAAGUAAGCGUGCCUCGGUUGAUGCUGAUUCAAACACUUGCUUCAGUGGACCACGCUGUAAACGACUUGUUCAAGAAAACAAAGGAGCUUUGACCUUUGACAAGGAAAGCAAGCGUUCUCCGAUCCCUUCGAACACGGUCAAGUGCGGUCAUGGAAGACUCUGCAAACGAUUCGGUGGUGAAGAUGAAGGAACAUUGCCCAAAAUGCCCAAAGAGAAGAUCAAUGAUUCUGUUAUUUCGGCCUCAGAUUGUAACGGUGAAUCUUGCAAGAAGAAGCGUGGUUCAAUCAUUCCUACCCCAAAUUGCAAAAACAAAGCAUGCAAGAAGUAG